GGAAGCUGGGCUGAUUGUCAACCAUUCGAGCUGCGAGCUGCUGAUCCAAGAUGUCGUCCGAUGUCCGGCUUGUUUUGUGUGGUGAUGAAGGUGUGGGCAAGAGCAGUCUGAUAACGUCCUUUGUGAAGGAAACGUUUGUUCCCAAUCUGCAAUCUGUGCUUCCGCCGGUGUCGAUUCCCUCCGAGUUCAUGGCCACGGUGAACAACAUGACGAUGACAAUCGUGGACACUUCUUCUAUGCCACAGGACAGGCAGUCUUUGAAUCGGGAAAUACGACGGGCGAAUGCGAUUCUGCUUGUGUAUUCUGACCAUUAUACAUCAGAGCGUAUUCCCCUGUUCUGGCUGCCGUAUUUCCGAUCAUUGGGAGUUAAUGUUCCUGUCGUUCUUUGUGCUAACAAGUGCGAUCUUGCAUUGGACGAAGAGUUGAACGAGCUCAUAAUGGACGAGAUGGUGCCAAUGAUGGAGGAGUUUAAGGAGAUCGAGUCGUGUAUCAGAGCAAGUGCAAAGGCGCACUACAACGUGAACCAGGCGUUCUAUUUGUGCCAAAAAGCGAUCGUGCAUCCGAUAGCCCCUCUGUUCGACUCAAAGGAGCAAGAUUUGAAGCCUCCUACGAAGGCCGCUCUCCAGCGUAUUUUCUUUCUGAGUGACCGCGACCAAGAUGGAUACCUGAACGACAAAGAAAUGAACGACUUGCAACAAAAGUGUUUCGGCAAAACUCUUGACCCGUUUGAUCUCGAGGAAAUUAAAUCAGUGAUUGAGAAAUCUGAGCCCGGAGGAGCUAAUGAGAUUGGUAUUUCACAAGAUGGGUUUAUUGCGUUAAACAAGAUGUUUGCUAUCAAAGGACGCCAUGAGACUACAUGGGGGAUUCUGCGAGCGUUUCAUUAUACGGAUAGUUUAUCGCUGAGCGAUAAGUUUCUGUAUCCUAGAUUUGACGUGCCUCAGUACGCGAGUGUUGAGCUGAGUCCCGAAGGCUAUCGGUUUUUCGUGGACCUUUUCCUGCUCUUUGACAAGGACAACGACGGCGGUUUGAAUUCCAAAGAACUGAACAAUCUGUUUGCGCCAACGCCAGGUAUUCCAGAGUCUUGGGUAAAAUCUCAGUUUCCAAAGACCACGCUGUGUAACGAGGAAGGAUAUGUAACGCUGCAAGGGUGGCUAGCGCAGUGGAGUAUGACGACGUUCCAGGACCACAAGACUACGUUAGCAUAUCUGGCGUGGCUUGGAUUCGAGUCAGGAAAGGGACCGAAGGGAUCAACUACGGCUGCUUUGAAGGUGACGAGGCCCAGACGGAGAAGAAAUACGAGGCCGAAAGCGGGGAGGGUCGAUCGGAAUGUGUUUAGCUGUUAUGUGCUGGGUGCUUCUGACUCCGGAAAGAGCUCGUUACUUGACCGGUUUCUCAACCGACCGUUUUACCCAUUGUAUAUGCCGACGAUCAAGCCACGGAUAGCAGUGAAUAGUGUUGAGAUGCAAGGAGGAAAGCAGUGCUAUUUGAUUCUGGAGGAACUUGGUGAAUUAGAACCGGCGGUGCUUGAGAAUCCGACAAAGUUGGAUGAGUGCGACGUUUUGUGCUAUACAUACGACUCUUCGAAUCCAGAGAGUUUUCAGCAUAUAGUUGACUUGCGGAAACGAUAUCCGCAGUUAGAUCGGCUGCCGGUUGUAUUUGCGGCACUGAAAGCGGAUCUGGACAAGCAGCAGCAGAGAUGCGAUAUGCAGCCAGAUGCAUAUACGCGAGAGAUCGGGCUGUCGGCGCCUCUGCACGUCAGUUCAGCUUGGACGUCGUCGUUAUCGGAGCUGUUUGUGCAGCUGGCCGAGGCAGCGCAGUCGCCGAGCACGGCUACUCCUGUACUGGAGCCCGAGGAGAAAGAAAGCCCGGUGAUGCCUAUUGUGUAUGCGUCGGCUGCGGUGGCGGUGGGAGUGGGGGUUCUUGCGUGGAUGUUCCGGACGGGUAGCCGGGAGGCAUCGUGAGUCUGGACGCGGGAGUAAGUAAGCAUGCUAGUGAGGUUGACUGUUUGUAAAUAAAGGUAUAUAUAAAUUAGUCGACUAGUUCACUUUAGUAGACCAGCCGGAGACACGUGC